CAUUGAGGAAUAACUGUAAUUUAUAUGUAGAUUAAUGUAAUAGAUGCUACAUUUUCUUUAUUGUAAAAUGGAAUUUUCUUUUCAUGGCACCAUUUAAUAACGAUGGAAGGUAUUAAAGCACUGCCACCGGGUCAACCAUAUCGUGGCCUGCCUAUCCUAUGUGGAAUCAUGAUGAUUGUGGGAUCCUGUAUAGAAAUUAGCCUUAUCAACGCCGGCUUCUACAACAAACGCAAUAUAGGCCCUAAGGAAUCCACAGAAUAAACUCGCAACUAUGGAAUCUAUGAAUCGAAAGUGGAGCACCAGCUGCCUGGAGCUAAUUUCUGUAAGGCUCGAGCAUCUGGAUAAAAAAUAUUCGACGAUACUAGAGCGUUAUGAAUUAAAUCAUCAGAAUAUAGCCGGUAGAUUGGAACAAAUAAAAACCGAUGUAUCCCAAUUGGAAUCUGAUAUGGAAAUGAACAACAAAGUCAACUCUGUUUAUGAUGGGUUGAGCUCACAAUUUGAUGGAGAUAUCGUCACAAUAAAAACGGAAGCGCAGAAUUGGAUCAGCGGUAUGACGAUGGCCCUGGACCUACAUGCAAGGCAGCAAUUGGAAAAAAUAUCUUUUGAUGAAUGCGUAAAACAUGAACAAAGGGACAUAGCAAUGCUUGAAGCAAUGGUAGAUAAAUUACGUCACUUGCACGGGAAUGUUCUUGAGGGAUUGGCAUAUACCGUAGAGAAGCGGCAAAAGGCGGAGCGGGAAAUAAUUGAAAACAUAUCUGAAGAAACGAAAAAACUCCUGAUAGAGAAAAAGAGCUACGAAUCGAACAAAUGCAAGAUAAAAUCGGAACUGUCGACGCUUAUAGGUGCUCUAGAAAAACAAAUCAUAUCUGAAGUGGAUACCAUGAAACAUGCUCGUGAUGAAUUUGAAGAUUUCGUUCUGGAUACUUUGGAACAACAGAUGACGGCAUUCGCAACUUCCAAGUUUUCUCCUCUUAGAAACUGAACAUAUUACCGUUGUCGAU